AUGGGAGAUCUUCCAGACUCAGAAACACACAAUAAUUUUUACAACAUUCUUGGAAUUCCAAGGACUGCGUCUCUUCCUGAUAUUUACCGGAAAUACAAAUCUCUUAUUGUCAAAUGGCAUCCUGACAAAAAUCCCACCAAUAAAGCCGAAGCCGAAGCCAAGAUCAGAUCCAUCAAUGAUGCCUACAGGGCUCUUAGCAUUGAGAAGAAAAGACAAGCAAAUUUAUCAACUGGAGAUGAGCCAAAAACACCCGACCAUUACAAAACGGAUGAUGAAUUCUACAUUUCCAGCCCUACUCUUCUUUCGCGUGCAAGCAGCAGCACAUCGCUAAGUCCAAGAAAUUUGUCCAAAAAUUCGAGCCGAAGAAGCAAAACUCCAACACCAGCAGAUUACUAUACUAAUUUUCCAAGAACUCCAACCGGGGCUAGCGCUCCAUCAACACCCACUGCCACUAGCCCAAGAGAUUCAACUCCCCUAUCAAAAAUUGCGAGCAGCAGAAGCACAACCCCGAUUAUGUUUUCACGGUCCGGAGCCUGGAAAAAACCUCAGCCCACUGGAAAAAAACUCGAAUGCACCCUGGAGGAAUUGUUGUAUGGAUGUGUCAAGAAGAUCAAGAUCACAAGAGAUGUCAUCUCAAAUCCAGGAUUCAUCAUCAAAGAGGAAGAGACACUAACUAUCAAUGUAAAGCCCGGAUGGAGAAAAGGAACAAAAAUAACAUUUGAAGGAAAGGGAGACGAGAAACCAGGCACCCUUCCAGCAGACAUUAUCUUUUCCAUUGUUGAAAAAAAACAUCCAAUGUUUAAACGGAGAGGAAAUGAUUUGGAGAUAGGAGUUGAAGUGCCUUUGGUUCAAGCUCUAACAGGUUGUACGUUUUCUGUCCCUCUACUAGGAGGAGGCCAAACGACAAUUUCAGUAGAUGAAAUUAUAUAUCCUGGAUAUGAGAAAAUCAUCCCUGGACAAGGCAUGCCUAAAUUCAAAGAUGAAGCUAAGAGAGGAGACCUUCGACUCAAAUUUCUUGUCGAAUUUCCAACAGAAUUGAGUGAUGAACAACGCUCUGAUGUAGUUAAUAUUUUACAAGAAUAUUCUUGA